CCAUCUCCAAACGAAAUACUGCCGGCUUCCACAUAUAAUAUGGAGACUACUUCCGUCGAUCUGGGGUUUCUAGAACCGUGUGAACCGUGGCUGCUGACCAACAAGUUCUUUCGCAGUAAGGUUGGCGGAAAACCAGCCUGGUUAGAGCUGAAACGGCUGCCAAAACCGGAAGAUCUGCUAUGCGGACAGUGCAACGAACCGCUCGGAUUCCUGUGCCAGGUUUAUGCUCCGGUAGAAGGGCAUGACAAUAGCUUCCACCGGACGUUGUAUUUGUUCGUGUGUUUAACGCCGGCCUGCAACCAGACACCCGGUAAUCCAGAAGCACGUACCAUCAAAGUACUAAGAAGUCAACUUCCGAGACGAAACGAGUUUUACGCCUAUGAUCCACCGGAUGAAACAACGGAAUCGCCUGCGGUUAAAUCUCCCGUUCCACUGUGUGUUGUUUGUGGUUCCCGCGGCCCAAAGCUUUGCUCCCGUUGUAAGGCGAUCAAUUACUGCAGCGCAUCUCACCAGCGGCUCGAUUGGAAAGCAUCCCACAAGAGUGUAUGCAGUGAGGAAGGACUAACUACCACUUCCGGGACAGCAGGCAAUUCGAGCUCCAUUCUAUUUCCUGAAUUUGAGAUCAUUACCGAGGCGGAAGAAUAUGAACCAAAAGCGAAACUAACGGAGGAAGAGAACAUGAAGCGUCAAAUGGCCGAACUAGAGCGUUUGAAGCAAGAGGGAAAGGUGGGCUCGUUGGAUGAUUUACCCGAAGCGGAACUGGAUCAGUAUUCGUCCGAUCAGGUAGAAGACAAAACGUUCGACAAGUUUAAGGAACGCAUUUCGGCCGAUCCCGACCAAGUACUACGGUACGAACGGGGUGGCAAACCGCUAUGGCUGUCACCCAUCAUUCCGAAGGAAAUUCCUCACUGCGAACGAUGUACCGGACCGCGAGUAUUUGAAUUCCAAAUCAUGCCCCAAAUGUUGAACAGCUUGAACAAUGAUCAGCUGGACUGGGGUACGCUUGUCUGUUACACCUGCAAGGCAAGUUGUGAUGUUGAUGGUUAUGCGGAAGAAUUUAUCUUCCGGCAGGAUGUGCUCAACACGGAUACGGUAAAGAACUCAACUUGA